AGCUGCGCAGCACCAUUAUCUGAAGCCACUCAAGGCCUAAACUGGUGGAACUCUUUUACUUAUUAUCUCCCCCUCCCCCACCCCGUGUGAAUCGGAUUAUCUGCAGAGGCGAGAAAAGGGCAUUGAGCGUCUGUGACCAUCAUUCUGUGCCUUACUACUUUCGAAACCAGGUGUUCAAGCCUAGUAUACAGAAGUUGAAACACUUCCCAGGAAGAGAUGCAAGAAACAUUCAGGGCCAGUAGCAGGAAGAGUACCAAUUAGCUGAGAUCAGCUACAGUGCCAAUGCACUCUGGACAACCUGGAUUCCUUUGGAAGACUCCUGAUGCCCAUAUGGUCACACAUGGCCUUGUUUUGUCUCUCCUGCUCAUCCUUCUGGCUGGUGGGGCUGAAGCCUUUCGUAUCUGUGCCUUCAAUGCCCAGAGACUGGCACAGCCCAAGGUGGCCAAGAAGUCAGUGAUGGAUACCUUAGUUCAGAUCCUGGCCCGAUGUGAUAUCACGGUUCUUCAGGAGGUGGUGGAUUCUUCCCAGAAAACUGUCUCCCUUCUGCUUCAAGAACUUAAUAGAUUUGAGGGUUCCAGGAGUUACAGCUUCCUAAACAGCUCCCUACUGGGGCGUAGCACAUACAAGGAGAAGUAUGUGUAUAUCUACCGGUCUGACAAGACACAGGUCCUGAGUUCUUACCAGUACAAUGACACAGAUGAUGUUUUUGCCAGAGAACCAUUUGUGGCCCAGUUUACUCUUCCUAGCAAAAUCCUUCCAAAUGUGGUUCUGGUUCCACUCCACACUACUCCCAAGGAUGUAGAGAAGGAGCUGAAUGCCCUAUAUGAUGUGUUUCUGGAUGUCUCCCAACGCUGGCAAAAUGAGGAUGUGAUCCUGCUUGGAGACUUCAAUGCUGACUGUGCAUCACUGGCUAAAAAGCGUCUCAACAGCCUGCUACUGCGGACUAAAGCAGGCUUCCACUGGGUGAUUUCUGAUGGGGAGGACACUACAGUGAGAGCCAGCACCAACUGUACCUAUGACCGAAUUGUGAUGCAUGGGCAGGGCUGUCAGACACUGCUGAGGGCUGCAGCCCCCUUCAACUUCCCCAGGAGCUUUCAGCUGACUGAGGAAGAGGCUCUCAGAAUCAGUGACCAUUAUCCUGUGGAGGUGGAGCUGAGCCAGGCAGCUCAGGGCAUCCAACCCUUCACGUUGGCUAUUCUGCUGCUGCUGUCACUUUUGCCAUCUCAGCUGGGCUAGGUGGCUUGACACUUCCUUUCAGAUGACCACUGACUCGACUAGGACACUGACAUGGAGCUAAAGCACGGCCUCAAAUACAGCUUUUCCUUGUUUUUAAUGUAGGCUUUUUGCUGCUUGCUAUUUCAAGAGGAAGAAAGGGCUGGCAGUGUUUUUACCUAGUAUAUCCAAUGCCCUGGGGUUGAUUCCUUUUUGAAAUAGGACUUGUCACUGUAUGCAACUCUAACUCAGGUAGUCAGGUGCACAAAGGUUCCAGGACUAGGAAUGGGCUAAGAACUCAGACUAUGCCUAAAAGAUUUAUGCAACUGACAUCAAGAGCCAGAUAGGAAGACUAAGUGUCCUAGAAACCUUACAGAAAAUGAGCUCACACUAAAAACUCAGACGUGAACUCAUAUACAAAAAUCUCUGGCAGAUAAAGAACUGUUCAUAGCACUAUUUACUCUAGGUUUGUUUAAAAAAUUUUUAGACAUAACUAAUCCUGUUUCUCAAAUGGCUAAACUACAUGGGCCAGCCUUGUCUCUGGGCCACAUAUCCAUUGUAUGGUUCACUUACUCUGUAUUCAUAUACUUACUACAUGGCUCUGUCAGGGAUAUCAGGCAAAAUAUACAAAUAAAGUCACCAAUCUUAA